GAGAGAGAGAGAGAGAGAGAGGAGGCGGCGAGGGAAGAGCGAGUGAGGAGCUAGCUGCGGGGCUGCUCCGGAGCCGGCGGAGCCUCCUCGGACAGCGGCCCCGGCCCCGGCCCCGGCCCCCAGCCGCUCGCGUGGUCAGAGGAGACGCGAUCGCAGCCGCCGCCUGAGUCCGGCUCCGUGCGCUCCUCGCCGCCGGCUCGCCGGUGCCCGCGCGGCCCCGGGACGCCGCUGCCAGCUCGGCGGCCGGGAUGCAGCCGGGGCAUGGCCGCCGGGCCCCUGUCACCUGCCGCGGGGAGCGCUGAGCCCGUUGGAAGCCUGUCUCUGAGACCCUGAAGCUUUUCCUGCUGAUACUCGCCUUCCCUAGUAACCCUCCAUCCCAAGGGAGUUCCAGAAAGAACCCCAGGGGGCCUCCUUGCUACCACAAAACAGACCUCACCUUCCACUACCAGGGUUAAGUCAGAUCCGCCCGAGGAAGAUUCUGCCCACAUUUCCCUCGAGCUAGUCUGCAGGCCCCUUCGGCUGGGACCCUCUCCCAGGAGCUGCCCAUCUGCAAACAGAGAGCCCACAGUGCCUCGGGAAAAAUUGGCUGAAUAAAAGGGCAAUCAGGACGCCACGGCUCCGCCUGAAGCGAUGGCCCAGCCCUACCCCCCGGCCCAGUACCCGCCUCCACCACAGAACGGCAUCCCCGCCGAGUACGCCCCGCCUCCACCGCACCCCACGCCGGACUACUCGGGCCAGACCCCGGUCCCCCCGGAGCACGGCAUGACCCUGUACACACCAGCACAGACCCACCCGGAGCAGCCGAGCAGUGAGACCAGCACACAGCCCAUUGCAGGGGCCCAGACAGUGCCGCAGACAGACGAGGCGGCACAGACGGACAGCCAGCCGCUCCAUCCCUCCGACCCCACAGAGAAGCAGCAGCCCAAGCGGCUACACGUCUCCAACAUCCCCUUCCGGUUCAGGGACCCCGACCUGCGGCAAAUGUUCGGGCAAUUCGGAAAAAUUUUAGACGUGGAGAUCAUUUUUAACGAGCGGGGCUCCAAGGGUUUUGGGUUUGUAACUUUUGAAACUAGCUCAGAUGCUGACCGAGCCCGGGAGAAGCUGAAUGGGACGAUCGUAGAGGGACGGAAAAUUGAGGUCAAUAACGCCACAGCCCGAGUCAUGACCAACAAGAAGACUGCCAACCCCUAUACCAACGGCUGGAAGCUAAACCCGGUGGUAGGGGCAGUCUACGGACCUGAAUUCUAUGCAGUGACGGGGUUCCCGUACCCCACCACCGGCACAGCCGUUGCCUACAGGGGCGCGCACCUACGGGGCCGGGGCCGGGCUGUGUACAACACGUUUCGGGCUGCGCCGCCCCCGCCCCCCAUCCCUACUUACGGAGCGGCACUGGAGCAAACGCUUGUUAAAAUGCCAGUCCCAUGGGCAGGGCUGGCACCCUGCCCCCUCCCUCCUCAGCAGACACCGGAGCCGGCCUACCCCACCUCUCCAGCGUUCCCACCACUUUCUUGUCCGUUUGCUUCCAGGGUCGUGUAUCAGGAUGGCUUUUAUGGUGCUGAGAUUUAUGGAGGCUAUGCCGCCUACAGAUACGCUCAGCCCGCAGCAGCCGCGGCCGCCUACAGUGACAGUUAUGGCAGAGUCUACGCAGCUGCUGACCCCUACCAUCACACCAUCGGCCCCGCGGCGACCUACAGCAUCGGAACCAUGUGAAAGCUUCCACCGUUUCCUUCUUGGACCAUGAAGGGCAAAAACAAAAAAACACAAAAAAAUCACAAAACAAAAAACAAAACAAAAAAAGAUGUUCAGAUCCAAGCAACAAAACAACCAACCAAACCGAGAAGCACCCACCACGUCCGAGUCCGCGAGCCCGCGAGCCGUCGCAGCGCAGCGAGGGAGCAGGUCCGCGGCCCCCGGCCGCCCGCCGGCAGCGCGCUGGCAGGAGGGAGGCGGGAGGGGAGGGACUCCGUUUUCUACCAAGUCUUCCUUCCGGGCCCCACUCGAGGCAGCGUGGGCCAGUGGCGAGCGGCUGCAGGCCCAAGCAGGAAGAGUGGCCAGCAGGACUCGACCUUGGCUGCCGACUGUGCCAGCGGAGGGACGGCUGGGUGGGCGCGGGGACGGGGGCUGCUUUUCAUCUCGGGGCUUCGGCUGUGCCCAGUCACCCUGUGUCUUGCGCUCUGGGCCCCGGCUACCCCUCCUGCCGCGCCGCCAACACCUGUGUCCUGCGAACCUGGGGAGGAGUUUGCAGCCACUGGAGGCUGUCCAACCAGCAGCCCCGGGGUCCGACCUCAACACCAAGGGCUGAUAUGUUUCCAGAACUACAGGGCACCCAGGCCCCCUCCCUCCACACGAGGGGGCUCUGGCUGCCCAGCAAGGGGUGAGGGCCUUGAGGCCGAGGUCUUGUUCCGACUGGUCGUUUCUGUUUCCCUUUCUGGAGGAGGCCCUGGGCCUGGUCUAGGAGAGGGAAGGCCAGCCUCAUGCUGCAGCUGGGUCGAGCCCUCUGGCCCCUGCCCUGCAGGGCCCCGUCCUGCAGAGGAACAGAGGGACAGGCCGGUGCCUGGCUGCACGGCAAGGGUUCGGGUCACGGUGCUAUGGGUCUGGACGGCACGUCCGAGCAGGGAGAACCAGGGGUGGGGGAAGGCCUGGGCGGUCCACCGCCCCCUCCCCUGCUCCUGGCUCAGGUCCCAGAGUCGCGGGGGCAGCAGAUGGCAGGCAGCAGGGAGGAGCCACUGGCCAGGCAGGGGGAGAGCUGGAGUCGGGGGAGCAGCAAAAAAUAACAAAAGAUGUAGGCUCCCCACAGGGCUCCACUGUCUCAUGAAACUUAAAAAGUAAAAAAAAUACACCUCACUUUAUAUUCAGCAUCAGCUCCUGAAGCUACUGAGAUGAGGCUCCUUUUCUAUUCCCGGUGUACAUAGCCCCGCCCUGCCUCCGGCUUCGUCCUCUGUACAGGCCCCUCCACCCUCUGCUGUUCGGGACCCUUUUCUUGCAGCAGCUCCACCCCCGGCCCUGCGCCCUCCCACCCCUCUCACCCCCGGGACUGCAGCAA